GCACUACUUCGUAUCCCACUCUCAUUACAUUAACAAAUUGCUUUACAAAUUAUGUUAUUGAUUAUUUUAUUAAGUUACGAUGCAAUUUGUAUUGCACAAAACACCUUUGUUGUUAUAAUUCAUUCCAUAGUUCUUAACAGUAUCUGAAACCUACGCGUGACAAAACCUAGUGAAUAAUUUAUGAAUGGGUGGCAGUAGUAGCUUUUCAUGAACUACUGCCCAACUGUUUAUGCAUGAGGAGCAUAUUUACGUAGAGUUGCAUUCAAUUUAACCAUCACGACAUGUUUGUACUUCUACAAAGGGCUAGCAGUAGACUGUCCACGUCAGCCCACGUAUUUAUACUCAUGACAAGCGAGGGUUACUUUAUUGCACGGUUCGUAUCGUAUCGUAUGUUUACAAGUAGUUCACCAGUUGGAAAUGAAUGAGUAAGUAAAUUCCAUGUAGAUUGCAUGUGCAUCAAUUGUUCACAACCUAGACGAUAAUCACUAAAUAAUCGUCACAUGUAUCAACCUAAUACUGAGUGUACAAGUAUUAUUAAUAAUAAAAUGACGAAAAUAUUUGAGUAAUAAAGUAUUAUUUAUGCUUAUAUCGGGAAUCUCUAUUAGUAUCAUUGACUAUCAUUCUCUUGUUAUAUACAUUGAUUCAAUUUUUACUCACAAGAGGGCGAUAGUGAUAUUGAAUUAAAAUUUCGGUUGUGUCGAUUUUUAUCACUGCGCGAUAAGAUUUCAAAUUUAGCUUUGAAAUAUGCAGAGAUUGAACACAUUUUCGAUUGUUAUUUUAUUUAAACACUUCAAAAUAUUAUUUUAUCACUCUGUAUUUCCAUUAUAUAAAGUAUUAGUGAUAUUCUCCCGUAUCAAGUCAUUUUUUAGGUGAAAAGUGAAUACUUUUGGAACCCUUGCUGUUAGCAUGCUGACACUUUCGUGUUAGAGGGUAAACGAAUUCGUCCCCUACUAAAAAAUAUAACAAGUAACUAGGGUGAAAUAGUAAGGAAAGUAAUUCCGAUAAAUGCCAUAAAAACCAAACAGAUAUAUAGAGAUAGAUAUUGAUAAACAUACAUAUUCAAAAUUAUUUAAAUUAUAUCCCAGCAAUAACCAUAUGUCAUCUUAAACUAUUUUCGAAAGUUUUCUCAUCAAUUUGUCACCUGCACACUGAAUUCAAAUUUUGUAUUCCCAUAAUUUUAAAAUUAGAAAAGAUCUGAUUUAUAAACAAACAUAAAUAAUUCGCAUUCCGUCUGUUAGUGUCAAUACAUUUAUUAUUUAUGUUUUGUAUUCAAUUCUCUCCUUUGCUUUGUCUGCUGGUAUAGUUUUCACCUGUUCUACUCACAAGUAAGUCUGUUUAGCAUGUAUAUGUGUGUAUGUGUUAGUUGGGUGGUGUUAGUGUGACUACACGCCACCUGAACACCGUGCAGGUGUAGUCAGUCAUCGGGACGAAUCGCGCGUUGUUCUUCGUCAUUUCUACGGCAACCAUCAAACACUACAAGUGCGCCGCGACGCGACGUCUGCUUCUUCGGCUUGGGCGAAACGUCGAUUACCACCGUACGACAACGACCAAACGCGUGCCGGCAACCAGACGCAAGCAACGAGCGCGAGUAACGUUAAAAACCUUAAAAACGUUAAAAAAAUUCACGCGUGGUUGACAAACAACGCAAUUUUUGACAUUUUACCAACCUUACUUAAAUUUACUACGCAUACGGGCUUUAAACUUCCAUAAAAUAUAAGAAAUAAUAAAUAUUUUAUUGUGAUUAUUGCAAAAAUUAAAAUAUUGUGUAAUUGUCGUGACAGUUUAAAGUUAUUAUUACCAAACAAUCAGUGAGUGAACGAGCGGAGUAUAAGUGUGAUGAGUUGUUGCCGUUGUUGCUGUUUGUCAUAGAAAUACAAGUAAAUAAAUUGCACUUCGAGGAAUCUACGAUUGUUGUUAUUAUCGGUGGAAGCAGUACUCGCGCUGUGUGGAAAUCUUUAAGGAAUACUUGAAAUAAUGACUUCCAACUAAAGAUGUGUAGUGACAAUGGAUUAUCGAUACGUCUUCGUUUUAUUGGCACUUGCGGCUCUUGACUUUCCAAUAGUAUUAAAUCAAGCAAUUCCUGAUAAUCGUUGUUAUCUGGAAAACGGCGCUUCCUCGGAAAGUUUCUUCGUCUCCGAAGACAAACCCAUUGGUUCCACAAUCGGCCAACUUCGUAUUCAUGGCGAUCCACGUACAGGUGGCACCAUUGCCCUGCAUAUUCAAGAACCGGAUAGUCCCGUAGCCAUUUCACCAGGCACACGUAAUCUCACCCUACGUCGACGUUUGGAUAAAGAAGGCAUAGAUGGACCUUCUUCUGUAUUUAUCAACCUGAUCUGUGAACGGUUGCAUACUCUAGAUCCUGGAUUUGUUAUUCCUGUAAAUAUUCGUGUAACAGAUGCAAAUGACAAUGCCCCGGUGUUUAUCAACGCACCAUAUAUUUUAAACAUCUCUGAAGUGACCGUGGUUGGUACCAGAGUUCUACAGGGUGUUCAUGCAGUGGAUGCAGAUCAACAAGGACCUUUCAGUUCAGUGAGAUACUCUGUAUUACCAGGAGAACAUUCAGAUUACUUUGAAUUUGAAAAUGAAUUAGAAGGAACUCUAGUAUUGAAGAAACCAUUAGAUUUUGAAAGUUUAAGGAGUUUUGAUGUGAAUAUCCGUGCACAGGAUCAUGGUGAACCUCCAAAAACAUCUGAUACUGUUUUGACUGUCCACGUCGUUGAUGCAGAUGAUCAAAAUCCGAAAUUUCAAGAUGAACGGUAUACGAGUUACCUACCUGAGUUGCUUAUCAAAGGAGCUAAUUUACAGGUCAAACCUAGGGAUAUCCUGGCACUAGACCAGGAUCUAGGUAUUAAUUCACCAGUUUAUUACUCUUUUGGUGGAUCUGGCGGAGAUUACACUUUCUUUAAAAUUAACAAAGUGACAGGGAGAUUAUCUUUGGGUAAAGAUGUUUUGGAGAAUGAUUUGCUGCACCCUGCAACUUUGGUCAUCAAAGCUACCCAACAGGAUAAUUCUGAUAGAUAUGCACUGGCGACUUUGACAGUUUCCCGAAGGACAUCAGUUGGUUUAAGGUUCCUAAAGCGGAUUUACAAUAUACGUGCAAGCGAAGCAUUGCCUCCAGGAGCAGUGUUGACUAUUUUAUCAAACAAUAGACCUGGGGAACAUCUCAGAUAUUUUGUAAGCGAACAAGGCUUACUAAAAGUGUUUAGUAUCAAUACCCGCGGAGAAUUAGGUCUGAGAAAGAAAUUAGAUUAUGAAGAAAGGUCCGAGUACACCUUUAAAGUAUUUGCAACAGAUGGCAUUACUAAUGAUUCUUCGGUUGUUAAUAUAACAGUAGAAGACGUCAAUGAAUGGGAACCGCGUUUCCGGUAUCCGCACUACGAGUUUUUCGUCUCUGGCCAACCCAAUGAAAUUGUUGGCAGAGUUGAAGCUGCUGAUGGUGAUAAAGGUGACCAUGUGCAUCUCUCACUUACCGGAAUAAAUGCAUCGCUAUUUGUUAUAAGUCACAAUGGCGAAUUGCUUUUGAAGGGAGAUGGUAGACAAGGAAAUGGCGCCAUUGCUACUUUUGCGGUGGUAGCUACUGAUUCAGGUGAUCCUCCGAAAAGGGCGAGUGUUCCUGUAACGGUACAUUUUCCUAUGUUGGGAAAACAGGGAGCAGUGAUUAAAACCAGCGGAGGAUCUUCUUUAAUUCUCGCUGGUUUGGGAGGAAUUUUACUUGUUUUGGCGUUUGUUAUUGCAUUGCUAGUUGCAUACAUUAUAAAAGCGAGGAAAAGAAGAAGACAUGGUGAAUUACCAAGUCUCCAACCAGAAAAAUCUCAGUCCACGUCACCACCAAUGGUGGAAAAAGUGAGCAAUCCAAUGUUUGCGGGCGUGCGAUCUAUAAAUGUACGUUCGCCAACCGCGGUAGCCAUGGGAGGAAUACCAUCCUUAUCUGGAGAUCUAAAAUCAAGGAUGCCGAGUCCAAAAGUGCAUCCGGCACCACAACCUCCUAACUGGCCUACGUCGGCUGGUUCACAACGAGUGAAAAAAUUGAGUUGGGGAGACGAUAAGACUGAUUCUGAUAGUGUAAACACAGACAACAUGAAUAACAUCGACGUCUCUCCAAAGACAACUGAUAAUACGAAUUUAACCGUGUAUUUUUGAUAAAAAGCGAUAUCUAAAUAUUUUUUAGCAACAAAUGACAGGAAAUUGAUGUAAUGUUUAUUCCUUUGAUCUUCAAAAUCAUAAGUUAACUAGUUUUAGUUAAAUGAUAUUCUUUAAGUUAGUGCCUAAUAUUUUGUAAAUUAUUUUUCUCUAUGAUAAAACCAUCUACAUAAUGUAAUCAUGUUGAAUAAACAUAUUGUGCAUCAUAA